AUGUCGGAGGAGAGCCCCCGAGAGUGCGCGGUGGCUGCGGAGCCCCGGGCCCCCACGCCCCCGGCCCCCGCGCCCCCGCAGAGGACCAGCGACUACUACCGCGUGGACGAGGGCCUGCCGGCCAGGUUCAAGAACCCGGCGUGGUUUCGGGGCUAUGGGACCAAGGAGCCUGUCUCGGUGUACAGGACCAGUAACCAGGCUUACGGGAGCAGAGCCCCCACUGUGCAUGAGAUGCCGAAAGUAUUUUAUCCAAAUUCGAACAAAUUUUCCAGACAACUUGCAGCUGGUGGAAUGUUCCGGAACAAUACUUUCAACGUCUGCAUGGAGAAGAGCAUUGUGACAGGUCCCGACAACUACAUCACCUCCUAUGACCGGUUCAACUUCCACCCCAGUUACAACAUCAACAAGCCAUCCAUCUGUGAUUGA